AAUCAAGAGUCCUUUCAACUGAUUAAUUCACAUCUCUCUUUUCCAAGUCAUGGAUCCCGAAACUUCAAUAUCACUGCUGCAAUUGAAGCAUCUAACAGGACGCUUCACUUCAAUCUGGAAAACAAUGAUGACCUCGUAUCCCAACACAUGCAUAUCCAGUAUCUUGCCAACCACGGAAGCACGGGAGGUUCUCUUGUUUCACUCAACCCUCACGUGCAAUUCACGAGAGGUUCAGUCUGGAUGCAAACAGCACCAGAGGAGACCAGUAAAAGGUUGGGGUGGGCAGGACUUGCCAUAAUCCACGAAAGAGAAAGUAUUCUAUUCGAGGGCAUAUUUACCAUCAUGGACACACAGUACGCAGUCGAGCUUAAGGCCCUCAAUGACGGGUCUACCGGAAUGAUAGCUUCCAAAGUCGAAUCGGAAUUCCCACUUGGCAACAGAUCGGUAUUUCCUUCAUAUUGCGCAACUGCAUCGGAGAGUCUCUUGAAUAAACGACAGUUUUGGAAUACGUUGGGUGACAAUGACCUAGCAGCAAAUAUUGGCAAUACUGCUGGCUGCCCAGGAACGAGACAAAUUGCGCAAAUUGGCAUUAUGGCCGAUUGCACCUAUACUGCGAGCUUCAGCUCCUCCGAGGCCGCCCAUCAAUACAUCUUAAACAUGGUUAACACUGCAUCUGUGGUAUUUGAGAACAGUUUCAAUAUCACUCUUGGCAUCAGAAAUUUGACUAUUAGUGAUGCCGAAUGCCCAAGUAGUUUUUCAGACAUGAAUGCGUGGAAUGCUCCAUGUUCCCAAGGGAACCUUAACACACGACUUCAAAAUUUCUCUCGAUGGAGAGAAAGAUUAACGAAUGAUAAAAAUGCAUACUGGACUUUAUUGACUGGAUGUUCGGUUUCUGCUGGGGAAAUUGGAGUGUCAUGGAUUGGAGCUCUCUGCAACUUGGGAUCUGGUUAUAGCAAUGGUGGUGCUAGUGCCAAUGUUGUAGCUCGAACCCAAACAGAGUGGCAAGUUUUUGCUCACGAGUCAGCUCAUAUGUUCGGAGCAGUCCACGACUGCACCGCUGAUACAUGUGAAACGCAGUCAUCACAGUGCUGUCCGCUCUCAGCAAACACCUGUGACGCUGGUGGGCAGUAUAUUAUGAAUCCUGUAUCUGGGUCCGCCAUGACACGCUUCUCGCCUUGUACAAUUGGAACUGUUUGCUCUCGACUAGGUUCUGGCCAAGUCGACGGGAGUUGCUUGGUGAACUCUCAGACUGGCUACAAUGGAGAGUGCGGGAACGGUAUCGUCGAAUCUGGAGAGGCUUGCGACUGUGGAAAUGGUGCUUGUGAUGAGCGAGAGGCUCAGUGCUGCGAUUCGGCAACGUGCCAGUGGAGGGGAGGAGAUGAUUGUGAUCAGUCAGAUACUGGAGAUACCGAGAACCAUGAGACGGGAAAUGAUCAAGGGAGUGAUUCCCCAUACUGGGUGCAAACAUAUCUCCCACUAAUCAUUGGGCUUUCUGCGGGAGUUGGAGGCGGUUUUCUACUACUCUUGGUUGGAUUC